CAAUUUUGGAUUGAGCUACAGUUCAACUUGGAAAAAGAAAGGUGAGAAGGAAGCCCAAGGGCUUAAAUAGGAUAGGAGUCCGUCCCCUCUCUCUCCCUCUCUCCAACCCGACCGAGCCAGCGAAGAAGCAGCAGCGGCUCAGAAACCCUAAUCGGAAUCGUCUCUCCAAGUCUUCUCCAUCGUCGUCGUGGAAUUUAAAGAUUGGGAACAAAAAAUCGGAGCGGGAGGGAACCGUCACCGGCUUUGCAUCUGCAUGGACCAGGGGAGAAGAAUUUAGGGAGGGAGCGAAGGAUUCGCUGCGAGUUCGGAAUAGGAGCAGACUAUAACAACAUGUCUGCCAUAGUGUGCGGCAAGAGAUCUUUCUUUGAAGACCUUCCAACGACAACCCCUGUUUCCUCUAAGAGAAUCCGUUGCUCUUCUUCUACUUCUCCCAUUCGCUUCUCCCCGCCUAGGCCCAUCAACGCCUCCAGCUUCUCUGCUUCCUUGUCGUCUCCCUCGUCUUCUGAUCUCAUUAAUUCCGCUUCUGGGACGGCCUCCACGCCCUUGCUCAAUCAUCUCAGAGCUAUUUUUCCUGACAUGGACGAUCAGCUUCUUGAGAAAGCAUUGGAACAAUGUGGCAAUGAUCUGGAUUCUGCUAUUAGGAGUCUGCAUGAGCUUCGUUUAGAAUCUGGAGAAAGCAAUUUGGGUUCUGCUGAUAAGACUGAUGGAAAUCCAGAAAGUAUUCAGUUACCAACUCUAGCAGGUGCAUUGACCAAUGCUGGGGAUGUAGUAUCAUCUGAGGAGGCACCACCUCCAAAUAACCUUCCAGUGGAUGGCGCUGAAUGGGUGGAACUGUUUGUUAGAGAAAUGAUGAGUGCCUCUAAUGUAGAUGAUGCUCGAGCUCGUGCAUCCAGGGUGCUUGAGGUUCUGGAGAAAAAUAUAUAUGCUCGUGCUGGGGCUGAUGCGGCACAAAACCUUCAGAAGGAAAAUAUGAUGCUGAAGGAACAGGUUGAAGCACUGAUUCGAGAGAACACCAUUCUCAAGCGAGCAGUGGCCAUCCAGCAUGAACGUCAGAAAGAAUAUGAUGAUAGGAGCCAGGAAUUGCAGCAUUUGAAGCAGCUAGUGUCUCAAUACCAAGAGCAGUUAAGAACACUCGAGGUGAAUAAUUAUGCAUUGACAAUGCAUCUUAGGCAGGCUCAGCAAAGCAGUUCCAUUCCUGGGCGUUUCCAUCCUGAUGUAUUUUAACAUGGACAAAUGAUGCAACGGGGAGUUAUUUGUUCUUUGGUGUGGGAAAAGGGUCAGGUGUUAUAUGUUGUAUUCAUCUGAACAGACACUUGGUGCUCUUUUCUAUUUGAUGUGAUGCUGCUCACUUGGCAGCUUUAAGGUGCAACCACGGCCCAGCUUUCGUGUGAUGGGCAGGUCACUCACAAGGUCCAUAUUUUACAUAUAUCCCAUUGGAUUUUACAAGUUUAAUCAACAAAUUCUUUAUAUCAAGAUUUCAACAUUGUUUUUGAAUUUUGGGCUUGAGUAGAUAUAUAGUAAAUAUCCUUGGAUUAGUUA